GCUGUUUUGGAAGAGUGAACCAAAGGAUUGUUGUUGUUUUGAAACAGAUAGUAUUUGCUCACUGUUUUGAUUUCUAAGAAUUCCUAAAAGCGGAACACCAUUGGACACACAAAAUAGUGUGGAGUCCUUAACUAUUCAAAAAAAAAAAAAAUAAUACUAUAAUAAUCUUAAGGAUUCCAAGAGCAAGUCCACUAUUGUGGAUGCUCUAACUUCACGGAACUUGUCAGAGCACCUUUAUCGGGGUCGCUUACACUGGUCUCUUAAAUUAAUUAUGAUUAAAAGAAAAAGAAAAUUACCUAUUACUGCAAAAGACGUCGCUUAAUUAGGAGCUACAAGAGACGUCGCUUAUGGACACGCGACGAAGUCUCUAUCUUUCUCCCGGCUGUUUCAAUUCCAAAAUCAGUCGGUUUCAAUUCAUCGUCGUCAUCAAUCAUCUUCAAUUCAUCGUCGUCAUCAAUCAUCUUCUUUCUCGUGUGUUCGCACCUCUCGUCUUGUUUGUUGGUCGUGGAGUAUACAUCGAUUCCUCUAACGGUGUAAAUGGUAUCCAUCAGAAAGUUGAGACACCUGAAAAGUUAUACAGAAGGCAACUGAGAGAGAAAAGACGUGAGAGGCGAGCAAAUGAGUUAGUCCAACAACACAACGAUGACACCAUUUUGAAACCCGAAAACGCGGUCAUCGAGCGCUCAAAGUCUGUUGAUUCUGCAGUCCUUGGAAAAUACAGUAUUUGGAGAAGAGAAAACGAGAACGACAACUCAGAUUCUAAUAUAAGCUUGAUGAGGGAUCAAGUGAUCAUGGCUAGAGUCUAUAGUGGUCUCGCAAAACUGAAGAACAAGACUGACUUGUUACAAGAACUCCAAACCCGAAUCAAGGACAGCCAACGUGUUUUGGGUGAAUCAACAACUGAUUCAGAUCUUCCUCGGAGUGCACAUGAUAAACUGAGAGACAUGGGCCAAGUCUUGGCUAAGGCCAAGAUGCAGUUGUAUGGCUGCAAGCUGGUUACUGGAAAGCUGAGAGCAAUGCUUCAAACCGCUGACGAACAAGUCAGGAGCUUAAAGAAGCAGAGUACUUUCUUGGCUCAGUGUGCUCACAAGACUAUGCCGGCUUCAUCGUGACAGGAUAGAUGUAUGAAGCUGUUUGCUGGAAAUAUCAAGAGCAUGAAUCCUUGACUUUAGCUUCAGGUCACACUGCUACAAAGGAGAUGUUCCACUUUCUGAGACCACCCGAGUGUUCUAUCUUCAAGGAGAGGAUGGGGAAGAGGACGGUCAUGAGAAUGAAGCUUCCACUUGUAGGGGAGAAAACUUUGCAGCUCACAGUGGACCCUUUCCAUUCUCAUGUGGCUCUUGUUUCUGUUGAGCUGUUGUUCCACUUCACAAAAAAAUUUGGUGUUUAAUUAAUUUUUUUUUUUAAAACUCUUAAAUAAGAAACUUGCAAUGGAGCAAGUAAAUUUUCGGAUCUCUUAGUCCAGUCUCUUAAUUCACUUUUAUAACUAAAAAGUAUUAAAAAAAAAAAAUAAGAGACCCAUUUAGGGUCUCUAGGAUAAUGAUGCUCUCAGUUUCUAAUAUCCUUGUAGCAUAUAUUAGAGUAGGGUGGGCACUUUACCCGAUACCCGAAACCGCCCCGAAUCCGAACCGACCCGAAAACUCCAAACCAAAAUCUGAACAGAAGUAGCAAAAUAUCUGAACGGGUAUUAAGUUAGAAGAGAUUGGAUAUCCGAACCCGAACAGAUAAUAUCCGAACCCGAAUGGAUAUCCGAAGAUAACCUAAUAUAUAUAUACUUACCUUUAUAUUUCUAGUUUACAUUUCUCAUUUUAUAAAAAAUAUUUAUAUUGAUGUUACACAUAUUUUAAUAUCAUAAUUAUAUAUAUAAUUAUGGAGAAAAUGAUUUGAUAUUCAUUUAAAAUGCUUGUUAAACUUUUUGUUUCAUGUAUUAACAAAAGUUACAUUCAAAGUUUAAAAACAAUUCCCAAAUUAAUAUCUAUUUGUUUUGAAAUAUUAUCUCCAAAACUAUUAAUCAUUCGAUUUAUAAAAGAUAAAAAAAUUCAGUUAAGUGAAUUCUAUAUUUUUAAAUACAAGAAACUUAAAAAAUGAAAAUUUUAAUUUUUUUCUUUUAAAAUCUAAAUAUCCGAACCCGAUUCAAAAUAACCGAAUCCGAACUUAAAAUACCCAAACCCGACCCGAAGUACAGAAAUACCCGAACGGGUUCUAUCCUUAUACCGAAAUACUCGAAAAUCCAAAAUACCCGAUCCGAACCUAAACGGGUAGUGGAAACUUCUUAAGUAUUUUUGUUAGAAAUGGUAAUGUUUAUUAUAUGUUUUCCCUUUUUUAUUACAGAAACACAUUGGACUAUACUUUUUUUUUGAUAGACUAUACUUUUCUUUCUCUUAACCUAUUCUAAUUUUUCUUUUUCGUUCAUUUUGCUCUUCUUAUAAAAUAAUAUAUUUAUUGGAUAAAUUUGAUCGAGAUAGCCAAGACUUCUAAUCUUUUUUACUUUUUUUUUUCUGGAGUACGACUCUUUCGACCUUCAUUUCUAAAAGAAGGUUGGCAACUAUUUCCCCAUUUAAACUAGCGUGCAAGCAAAUACUAUAUUGAAUAUGAUCAAGAAUCGCUUUCUUGAUCAAGCCGGCAAACAGAAAUGGUAUGGCAAAUAUUAAAUAAAAGUAUUUUCAUAUAUCUAAUAUUCAUAGCAAAUGGUUUAUAGUUCUCUCUAUAUAAACAAACCACUUUUCACAUUCCUACAGCAAAAAGAAAAUACACAUCCGAAUCUUCUUACACACAGCGUUUUAGAAAUAAUGAUGAAGAACAUCUUUGUUCAGAUGACUUUCGCCUGUCUAGUGUUGGCAUUGAUGAUUACGACGGUCUCGGCUCAAUACGACAACGACAAUAACUACGCAAAGACACCAAACUCCGCCGUCAUUGCUGCCGCCGAUAUUUUCACCGGCUUGGCCGUAGCCAUCAUGGCUCUGGUCGCCGGUUUCAUCUACUGAGUUGCCUAACUUGCUUUGGUUUAUUUUGUGACUUACUCUUCAUUUGUAUUCGUUUUUCAUUCUCCUGAUUGCUUCUUUUUGCGUGUUACAAGAGCUUCCGUUGUUAUCUUAAUUGAAAAGAGAUUUACAUCAAACUCAGUGUCGAUUUGAUGUAAAAUCACAGAUCAUAAACCUUGACAUAGUAUUAAAUCUCAUUAAGCAUAUGCAUACAUACGAUCCAAACAUACAAUCUGCUCUCUCGGCUAAUUACUUAAACCCUAUCAUCCAAAAAUAAUCAUAGUAGCCUGGUCCAAGCAAUCGAGCCCUUUGUAGUCGUGUAACGUAUACGACAAACAAACACGCUGCAGAAAAAACAAUGAAACCAAUUCUGAAUCUAACUAACUAACAUUACUGAUGAAGAUUGAAACCA